AUGCAAGGCGAUGUAAGAGGGGUGCAUGCUCUCGCUGGAUGUGGAAGCACGAUAAAGAGCAGUGCAUGCACUACAUGUGAUGGGUUUGGAAGCACGGUAAAAAGCGGUGCAUGCACUGCUGCUACUGGGUGUGGAAGCACUGUAAACAGCGGUGCAUGCACUGCUGCUGCUGGGUUUGGAAGCAAGGUAAAGAGUGUUGCAUGCACUGCUACUCCUGGGUGUGGAAGCACGGUAAGGAGCAGUGCAUGCACUUCUGGUGCUGGGUUUGGAAUCACUGUAAAGACCGGUGCAUGUACUACUGCUGCUGGGUGUGGAAGCACUGUAAAGAGCGGUGCAUGCACUGCUACUACUAGAGGCCCAUCUCCUCGCAUGCAAGGCGAUAUAAAGAGCGGUUCAUGCACUGCUACAACUGGGUGUGGAAGCAUGGUAAACAGCAGUGCAUGCACUGCUGGUGCUGGGUUUGGAAGCAUGGUAAAGAGCGGUGCAUGCACUGCUGCUGCUCGUUGUGGAAGCACUAUAAAGGGCUGUGCAUGCACUGCUGCUGCUGGGUUUGGAAACUCGGUAAAGAGCUGUACAUGCACUGCUGCUGCUGGGUGUGGGAGCACGGUAAAGGGUGGUGCAUGCACUGCUACUACUGGGUUUGGAAGCACGGUAAAAAGCGGUGCAUUCAUUGCUGCUGCUGCGUAUGGAAGCACGGUAAAGAGUGGUUCAUGCACUAUUGAUGUUGGGUGUGGAAGCACGAUAAUGAGCGGUAUAUGCACUGCUACUGUUGGGUGUCGAAGUACGGUAAAGAGCAGUGCAUGUACUGCUGCUGCCGGGUGCGGAAGCAUGAUGAAGAGCGAUGGGUGCACUACUAAUAUUGGGUGCAAUGAUAUGAUAAAGAACGGUGGAUGCAAUGCUUGUGCUGGAUGUGGAAUCAUGGCCUAA